UUCUUGAAACAAGAAUGACUUCGUAUUUUUUUUUUAUCUGACUAAGGCUAUUCUAUGUUCAAUAAUAUAUUCUAUUCAUUCACAAGCACAUAAAUAUAUCCUCCACGCUGUCUGUUCAGCUUUUAAGAUGCGAUAUUUCUUUCAACAGAAUGGGCGUUAAACUCAACAGAACAAGACAGUGAGAAAUCCGUUAAUUUCAAUGGCUUUUGAAGUUCGCGUUUCUGCUCUUGGAUUUUUUACAGAUAAUUCACCUCCAACUCCUAUGAGGAUUCAACAACUACUGACACAUUAAGAGUCAUUACUUGAGGUAAACAUCACCACUUCUUUUCACGGACAUUUCAGCUGAGUUUUACCUAAAGAAUGGAGGAGCGUGCCUUGGGGCAUACCAUAUCCAAAAAGGAGGACCAGGGACAUAUUACCCUUUUGUCUUCAAUGACGUCAUGGGCCCGAGAAGGAUGCAGAAAGAGGAACUUGUGUAGAAGAUGUCAAACUGGCCAUGAAGGGACACGUGAAGAAUGGUUACAAGUUAAAUCCUUUCUCUACCUUGUCUGAGGAUAAACAAGACUACAACAGUGACCCCUCUCUAAAUGACAGAGUUCAUGUUCUGGUUUGCAUCAUCUCCGCCAACACAGCACAAUUCCUGACUGGUGAUUUUGUGAAAAAACUGAGGGAAGUCAGACUUGCAGCCAGAGACAUGGGGAUGCCCGAAAUUGCUAUUCUCACCAAAAUUGAUGAAGCCUGUCCAGAGGUCGACAAGGAAAUACAGAACGUGUAUAAGAGAAAGUACCUGAAGAAAAAGAUUGAGGAGUUGAGUGCCGUGCUGGGUUUCCCACCAAGCUGCAUCUUUCCUGUGAAGAACUACCACUCAGAGAUUGACACAAAAGAUGGCACUAAUUCACUGAUACUGAGCGCACUGAGACGGAUCAUUACAUCUGCAGGAGACUUUGUCAACCAUCUGUAAAACUACAUUCUGC